AUGUUCAGUCAGACCGGAGGGGCAGCCACCGUCGAGGAGAUCUCGUGGCAGUACUCGACUGAGCAAGCGAUGGCUGCCAAAGAAAUGGCAGCGGAGAACCAGGUGCAGGUGGUGCUGCCCGAGAAGGUGGGGGAGUGCCGCCGCUCUCAUCAAUCGUCGCAGGCGUGUAACGGGUCCCACGAGACGCCGAUCACUUCCUACGGUGAGGCGGCGCCGAAGCAGACGGUCUCGCGCGUGUUAGUGCGGAUGCCAAAUGAGGUGCGCCGCAGGCGAAGCCUCUCUCGCGAGGCCCACCAGAGACAUACCCACACGGAGCCGGAGGAGAGCAAGAUGCCGAACGCCACCCCUACAACCGUACCCGCGGCUGCCGCUAUGUCGACUGCCGAAGAUGGUCAUGUUAGCCCGGAGAAGCAGUGUCCAGAGCCGGAGCUGCCCGCCAGCGGCUUGGCCAUGCAGCCCGCUGGUGAGGAGGCAGUCGAUCAGGAGCCGUCGACAGAACCCUCACCCGCGGCCCAAGAGGGUGCGAGAUGUGGGAGGCUCAACGAUGCGGCCUCCCAGGUGGAGAUGGAGUUGACGGGGAGCGGCUCCACUGCUGUCAUCGCGGAAACUAACCGGGAAAUGGAGGAUAAUGCGGCGCCUUACGAGAACAGUGAUGAGCACCCGAUGAUCAAGUCCAAGGAGAAUGGUAAGCACGGGUGCUGCAUGGUAAUGUAA